GUUCUUGAUCCUUUGCAGGCAGCAUGUCGUUGUCUGUCAUCCUUCCUCACCUGGGGAGUUCCUCCACGUCCCCAGUGUCUACAUUCAUUUGUUCACCUGCACAACAAAUACUAAGGCUGGUUCCUGCCAGGAACUCUAGGCGAACAUGGUGGACGCAGCCCGGCCUUCCACGCGGACAUGAAACCAUUAAAGAAAGUCACCCCCCCUUCAGCUCCACAGUGAGGGCCAGCGAGGACCCAGGGGCUACCCCGCUUGCUGUGGCUGCUCCCUGGGCCUUCGCCAGAUGCCGGUCCCGGGUAGGGGUGGGGUGGCCUUGGGGACUUCUCAGGGGUCAGGGGCCGGCCACGUGUCAAGCAGAGCCCCAGGUGCGGGAAUUUUGGAGGUGGUCUGGUCACCGCCCUGGGAAUCCCCCGGGGCUCUGCUCACAGCUUCCGCCGUGGGGUGGCGCGGGCGGCUUUCCCAGCGCAGGCAGAGGGUCCGGGAGGGCAGGCCCGUCCCGGCCAGAACCAAGGGCCAGGUCGCGCCGCCCUUGGGCGCCAGGGAGCCGCCAGGAGGUCUUCCGGAGGAGCGGGAGAGGUAGACAGGCGGGGCCGGCUCGUCAGCGAGGAGCGGGGCCUGGGUGGCAGAGAGGCGGGGCCGGCUCGUCAGCGAGGGGCGGGGCCUGGGUGGCAGAGAGGCGGGGCCGGCUGGUCAGCGAGGGGCGGGGCCUGGGUGGCAGAGAGACCGCAGCUGUGCACCGUGGGACGCGAGCGAUGGGUCUAUUCUCAAAGCUGAAGCUGGACGUGCCCUGGGGCCACAUCGCUGCCAAAGCCUGGGGCUCCCAGCAGGGCCCCCCGGUUCUCUGCCUACACGGCUGGCUGGACAAUGCCAACUCCUUCGACCGGCUCAUCCCUCUUCUCCCAAAAGACUUCCAUUACGUUGCUGUGGAUUUCGGAGGUCAUGGGCUCUCGUCGCAUUACGGCCCAGGUCUCCCGUAUUACCAGCAAAACUUCGUGAGUGAGGUUCGAAGAGUCGCGGCAGCCUUGAAGUGGGAUCGGUUUUCCCUCAUGGGCCACAGUUUUGGUGGCCUUGUGGGCGGAAUGUUUUCCUGUGUCUUCCCCGAGAUGGUGGAUAAACUUAUCUUGCUGGAGGCGGCCCCAUUUGCCGUGGACUCCAACGAAAUGGAGAACUUACUGACCUACAAGCGGAGAGCCAUCGAGCACACGCUGCUAGUGGAGGCCUCCAAGAAGCCCUCGAGUGUGGUCAGCUGGGAGGAGAUGCUGCAGAGGUUCCUGCAGAACAACAGUCAUGUGAGUGAGGAGUCUGGGGAGCUCCUCCUGCAGAGGGGAACCACCCCCGUGGCUGGAGGGCUGGUGCUGAACAGGGACCGCAGGAUGUCCUGGCCAGAGCACAGCUCGGAUUACAUCAGCAAGGAGCUGUUUGUGCACUCCAUCAAGAAGCUGCAGGCCCGCGUCCUGCUCGUCAAAGCAAGCCACGGAUAUUACAACGUGAGAAGAGAGAAUGCUGACAGGGAACACCUGCGCUUCGUACUUGCCAUGCUGAAAUCUGUCCUAAAAGAGCGGUUCCAGUUCGUGGAAGUCCCGGGCAACCACUACGUCCACAUGAACCAACCCCAACACGUGGCCGGUGUCAUCAGCGCCUUCUUACAGAGCAAGGACAGGGUCCCAGCCCAGCUGUAGCCCUGUGCCUAGGGCUACAGAGACCACCCACCCACUGCUCACCACCCUCCACUCAGACUUCCAGCUUCCAAGCCCCCCCAGCCAGGCCAGGUGUGGUGGGGCCAGGCCUCACUGGUCAUGAAGACCAGCACGGGCUGGCAGAGUGGAGGGGUGGGGGCAAGAUGUUGACUCUAACAUUUGUGACUUCAAGGGGGAGACUAUGCCUGGAUUUGGGGGCUUGUCCGUUUUGGGGCUGAUAAUCUGCAGGAAGCUGGGAGCAGCUGGAGGAAGGAGGGGCCCGCAGCCCAGCAGCUUCUGUAGCUUUUCCCGCUGCCAGACAGGAUGAAAGAGAAAUUAUUCCUGUAUUA